UCCCGCUCCCCUAUAUUAACGUCCCCCCUCGCCAUGCGGCCCGCGCACGAGGCCCGAUCAGCUUUUUAUUCUCUCCCCCCUCGCUGCGCCGUCAAAAGUUAGAGGGGACGGCGGGGGAAAAAAAUGGUGGGGUACGCGUUCCACUACAAGAACAAUCUGGAGCAGGAGAGGAGGAGGAGGAAGGAGUGGAGGAAGCCUUCAUGGCUGGAGCCGCUUCUGAGCACCAAGUUCUUCGGGCUGUGCGACGCUCACAAGGAGAUGAGGAAGAGCGAGGCGAACACUUACUGUAUUGACUGCAACCAGUGCAUGUGCCCCCACUGCCUGGUCUCCUCGCCGGCGCACCGCCGCCACCGCCUGCUCCAGAUCCGCCGGUAUGUCUAUCAGGACGUGAUCCGCAUCACGGACAUGCAGAAGCUCAUGGACUGCUCCAAAGUUCAGCCGUAUACGGUGAAUGGCGCCAAGGUGCUGCUUCUCAACCCGAGGAAGAACUGCAAGCCGACCAGGAUGCACCCCGGCGGCGCCAACUGCCGGAUCUGCGGCUGGACCCUCACCGAGCCCAAUCGCUACUGCUCCCUCGCCUGCAAGGUUUCUAAAGUGGCUGCAUCACUCGGAGCUGACGACGGGAGCACUGGAGGCAGCCAAACGGAGUCGCUCUUCGACCAUCUGAUGGCGGACAUCGAGGCCUAUGACUACUUGUCUUCUGAUUCCAGCGAGGGGAGCCGUGGCCGUUGCACGGACGCAUCAUCUCCCAAGGCCAUCAUUCGCCGGAGGAAAGGGAACCCCCGCCGGGCUCCCAUGAACUGAACUGAAAUCCUGACGCCGUCCUUUUUAUCUCAAAAUAAUUAAUAGCGAAUGCGUUCCAUCCGUCUCCGGUGGGUCCCUCUCUGUGCAUGUAAUUCGGUUGUACAGCAUAAGCGCGGAGGAGCCGUGGUGUUGUUGAAACAUUUUUCCAAUUUUUAUAAUUUGAUAACAUUUU